ACUGGUUUAUUUGUCUCUGGCCCUGUCGACCCAUAGGGCCAUAGCAAAGAGAAUUAUAAUACCCAUAGUCAUACCUACAUCAUUGCUUUAAAUUUUUACUCGUUGGUUAAAUACAUGGUCAAUACGACAAAUGUAAAGUUAUUUUAAUUUGGUACAUACAAAAAGUGUUUGUAAUGGUUAAAUAGUAUUAAUAAAGCACACUAAAUUCAUACUAAAAUUCACGUAAAGCAUUGGUUAUAAAGAUUUUUAAGGCAACAUGGCCUCGAAUCCUUCAGGUGAUAAUCCCAGUGAAGAUACUGUAGCUAUCGCCGAGGGCAAUGAGGUUGCUGAUGCCAGUACGGAUAUCAAUGCGCAAGUCGACGAAGAGCGCCGUAGAAUGCAACCAACUAAAUUGGAGUCUUUUUUUGCAAUAACUAAGUCCCUUAUAAUAAGGGCAUUAGUUGUAUACUUUAUCACAUCAAUGUUCAGGCAACCAUCUGCACCUAAGCCUGAUCUUAGCAAUCAGUCUGGAAGUGUCCGUGUGCCUGCAACUAAUAUGUUCCCAAAUGGAACAAACCUAGAUUUAUACUGCUAUUUAUCAGAUAAGGAAUUUUAUGAUGAAUUUGACAAAUUGACUUUGAUUUGGACUCACAAUGGCUUAAUAUAUGGUGACUGGACUUCCGGACCAAAUAAUGAUGGCACUGUUACAUUUUCCACAGAAAUUACUCCCUCACAUGCUCUUAGGAACAAUGGUUCAAUGUACCUACAUGUAUUUGUAGUAGAAGAAGGAAAAUCACCUAACCCUAAGGACAAGUUUUAUGCUGGACCAAGAAUUGCAUAUGGAAAAAAAAUGUUAAACAAAUACAAGAAAUUACGCUAUCUUAAAACACAUAAUUUGUUAACUGGGCAAACUGAAAAGUCUGAGGAGGAAAUAAAAGAAAGCGAAACACUGAAAGAGGAGAUUGUGUCACAUUGGCACCCAAAUUUGACAAUAAACUUAGUAACUGAUCAAACCAACUGGAUGAUGGGAAGUGUACCACCACCCUUAGAUGAAUUUAUUUACUUUUUACCUGAAGGCAAACAGUACAAACCUGCUGUAUUUUUAAAUGACUACUGGAACAUGAUGCGUGAUUAUGUCCCUAUAAAUAAGACUACAACUAACCUCCAACUCCAGCUCACAUACCAACCCUUAAGUUUAUUUAAAUGGCAAUUAUAUACUGCACAAGCUAUGAGAGAUAAACUUAGUAUGUUCUCUGCAUUAGGUGCUGAAGAACAAGAUGAAGAGCAAGAUACUGUUAAAGAGUUGUUGUUAGACACAUCUCCAUACUUGUUAGCAUUAACUAUCACAGUUUCUGUUCUGCAUUCUAUUUUUGAACUAUUGGCUUUCAAAAAUGAUAUUCAGUUUUGGAAUAAUAGGCAAUCUUUGGAAGGGUUGUCUGUGAGAUCAGUAUUUUUCAAUGUCUUUCAGUCUACUGUAGUGCUUCUUUAUGUUCUUGACAAUGAAACAAAUGUUAUGGUUAGAAUAUCUUGUUUCAUUGGUUUAAUAAUCGAAAUCUGGAAGAUUAAUAAAGUAAUGGAUGUGAAGAUAAAUAGAGAACAGCGUGUAUUUGGAAUACCAAAAAUAACAUUUACUGACAAAGGAUCUUAUGUAGAAUCUAGUACCAAACAAUAUGACAUGUUAGCUUUCCAAUAUCUUAGUUGGGCUUGUUUCCCAUUGCUAAUUGGAUAUGGUGUUUACUCCUUACUAUACCAAGAGCACAAGGGAUGGUAUUCAUUUAUACUGAAUAUGAUGUAUGGAUAUUUAUUGACUUUUGGAUUUAUAAUGAUGACUCCUCAGUUAUUUAUCAAUUACAAGCUUAAAUCAGUUGCUCAUCUUCCAUGGCGCAUGAUGACAUAUAAGUUCCUUAACACAUUUAUUGAUGAUAUAUUUGCAUUUGUUAUAAAAAUGCCAACAAUGUAUAGGCUAGGAUGUUUCCGAGAUGAUAUUGUGUUCUUCAUAUUCUUAUAUCAACGCUGGAUGUACAAGGUGGAUCACAAACGUGUCAAUGAGUUUGGUUUCUCUGGAGAAAUGGAAGAACAGCAGAAACUUGCCAAAAAUGGAACAUCAGCUAUUACUGAAUCUGAACAAGAAGCCGGAGAUAAGAAAAAUGAUUAAUUUAAUGAUUUUUGGCUACCUCAGAAUUACUGCUGUCAGUUCAGUGAAAAAUUAUUCAAUCUACAUUUUGAACUUGCUUCAAAUAAAGGCUGUGUGUUAUAAUUUGUAUUUUUUAGGGGAAACAGAAAACAAUUAUCAUUAUGUUGGUAGUAAUUUUGGGAUAGUCAUAUGAUUGCACCAUUUUUAUAAAUGGUGUGAUAGUAUUUGUACAUUUAUUUAUGGUAUUAUAUUGUAUGUUGUUCUAUUCUAUAACUUCAAAUAUUAUGUGGUUUGUUGAGUAUUGUGUACCCAAAUAUAAAUCCUGAAAACCUCAUAUUUUAAAUAUUAAUUAAGAAAAGGCAUAUUAUCCUUUUGAUAUGUGUUCAUAAAUUCAUUCCAUAUAAAUUUAAUUAAAUAUUUCUGUUCUACAUGCAAUAAUAUUAUGUGAAUAUUAGUCAUAAAUGCAUAGAACAUGUUGCUCUAGUCUAGAAAAAACGCAAUGUCUUUAUAUUGUAUCUAUUAUACUGAUAUUAUAUUUCACAUAUGUGUUAAUAAUUGUGGUGUGUAAUAAUAAUAAACGCUGGCAAGCUGCUUGGACUAAGGGCGCCUUAAAGUUAAUUGUGUAGCUGCAGCGCGGUAGCAGCGCUGUUUUGUAAAUCUAUACCUCAACAUGAAACGCCCUGAAGUAAAAGACCUAAGAGUGCUUUCGAUUUGCCGUUAAGUGCCGCGAGGUAGUUCGUCUUUUUAUUUGAUUUAAUGUCCGCGACCGCCGCGUUGCAGCUACACGGUUAAUUCAAAGGCGCCCUAAUUUGUGCAACAUAAUAUUUAUCAAUAUUUAUGCAGUACUUAUAAUAUUAUUCAAAUUAAUUCAAGGUCUUAGAUUCUUAUUAUUGUUACUUUUAAAAAUAUAGAUUGUCAAUACAAAUUUUGUUAUGAUAUUUAGUUUAGAUUAAUUUCAUAAUGUUGAGAAAUGCUUCUUACAAAAAAAGUAUACUAUGUUCCAGCACGAAGUUAUAAUAGUAUGUAAUUGUAUAUUAAUACAUAAUAAUAUUUUUAUUGUUGCAAUUUGCAUUAAGGUACAAUAUUUAUUAACAAGCACAUAUUAAUGGUAUAUUUUAAAAUAUGGAGUUUAAAGAUUUUAUUAGGUAUACAUUUCUAUACUAUUUUAUUAAAUUUCAAAAUUUGAUUUUGUUCAUUGAUUACAUUUUGUGUAAAAUGAAUUUGUAGAGCACAACUUAAAUUUGUUUAUUAUUACAAUAACUGAUAUACAUUUAUUGCUGAAUAGUUUUAGAUAAAUUAUGAAUAAAACGAUUUGUUUGGUUU